AUGUCAAAGCCCAAAAACUGGCCCGCGGGUUUACCAUACCUCUCGGCGCCAGCACACUCCAAGCUCCUGACCCCAACCCAACGACAAGCCAUCGCGACAAAACCACCACCAUCAGACGUCGUGCCCUCCAUCUCCGCGCAAGCCACGGUGCUACCAAGUCCGUUGGUCAAGAUCACGCCCAUCACGGUGGCAGGACACCCGGCGCAUGGGCAGUGCGGGUUAUUUGCUACAAGGCACUUAAAGCCGGGGACGUUUGUGCUGCCGUAUUUGGGGAUGGUACACCCGGGGGUGGUAGACCCGGCGGAGGCCGGGACGGAAGAGGGGGAGGGGGAGAAAUCGGAUUACGACCUGUGGCUGGACCGGGAUUCCGGGGUGGCGGUGGAUGCGGAUAAGGGCGGGAACGAGGCGAGGUUUGUGAAUGAUUAUCGCGGGAUCGGGGAGAGGCCGAAUGCGGAGUUUCGGGAGGUUUGGUGUGAGCGGUGGAGGCAGAGGUGUAUGGCUGUUUGGGUGCUGCCGGAGGGGAGGAAUGGGCGUGGGAAGGGGGGGAUUGGGAAGGGGGAGGAGAUUUUGGUGAGUUAUGGGAAGGGGUUUUGGGGGAGGAGGAGGGAGGAGGGGAUGUGA